ACACUUUUAAAUUCAAAGAGAGGGAGAUUAGAAACACAAAACACAAGUAGAAGAGGGGUAUUUCAGUAAAGUUUGCAACUCUCUCUCUCCUCCUCCUUCCUCCAUCGUCGGGCAAGAAGAUUCUUCUCCAUCAAUUCUCCUUCCUUCCCACACACUCCCAAAAAACACAAUCCCACCAUCUCAGUGACUCACUCAAACUCACUCUCACUCUCACUCUCACACUGCUCCAACAUUUCUGGAUAACAAUUUCGAAGAGAGAGAAAAUUGAGCAAUGUACUCACAAGGAAGAACAUCAAAAAAAGACUACGUGGAAAUACAAGAUAGAUCUUCGGACAAUUUCAAUGCCGAUAACCCAAAUAAUAAAUCCUUAUCCAACGAUUUGGAUCGGGUUCUCUACAAUGACCUCGUCGAAAUUGUCCCUCUCGUUCAGUCACUCAUUGACCGAAAUGCUAGCAGCUCGUUUACUAGAAGAGCUUCCAUGGUUUAUACGAAAACUCCUUCUAGAGAUUCCAGGAAGCAGAAUACUAGGAAUGGAGUUAAGUCUAAGCAUGCAGACAAAGUACAAGGCAAGCAUACUAAGAAUGAUACAGAGGGGUCUCCAGAUGAACACUCGAUAUCCCCAGCAAGUAUGGCUGCAGAGAAAGAAGAGUUGAAUUCUCUGAGGGAACAGAUGGAGGUUUUACGACAGCAAUUGUCGGAAAAAGAUGAACUCUUAAAAGCAGCAGAGAUGUCUAAGAAACAGAUUGAUUCAAUACAGAUACAAGUUAAUGAGCUAAAGCAAUUUGCCGCUGAGAAGGAUUCUCUGGUUAAGUCAAGUCAAUCACAACUGAACGAAGCAAAGAUAAAGCUCGCAGACAAACAAGCGGCUGUAGAGAAGUUACAGUGGGAAGCAAAGACAUCCAAUCAAAAGGCAGAAAGGCUCCAAGAAGAAUUAGAUUCCAUGCAAUUCCAGAUUUCAUCAUUAACGCAUAUAUUUGAGGGCUUGUCAAAGGAUGAUGCUGUCACAUCUACUGAGGAUUAUGACGUUACACCAUACUAUGUGGAUCAUCUUUCUGACAUUGAUGAUAUGAAUGACAACGAGGUGGAAAGUAUGGAAGAGGCAAGAGAAGCUUAUGUUGCAGCAGUUGCUAUGGCAAAAGAGAAGCAAGAUGAAGAAUCACUUUUUGCUGCUGCUAGAGCAAGACUACUUCUCCAGUCGUUUGUUUUUAGGACCAAGGCUGAGUCUUAAAGUCCAAAGCUAUCAGAGAUGGUGGUUGCCACUACUGUCUUAGUAUAAAAUUAUGCAGGCAAGCUUGUGGUGAUCACAUCUUUCAUCAUGCAAGUCAGUUCACACGUGGGCCAAAGUCAUGGAAUAGUAAUUUUUCCAUUGUCUUCAGGAUUGUCACCAUCAGCUUGCACACCAUUAGAUCAGGGGGGCUUUUGAAUUACAUUGUUUAUAAUUAGUUGUAUGCUACAAAGAAGAAUGAAAAAAAAGAGCGCGCUUCUUAGGAAUGAGCAAAUCUCAUGUUCUUAGUGAACGAAAUUUCUUUUUAGUGUGUGAUCGGUGUGCAUUGUAAUGGUAAAUUGAUCCAAAGUAAAUGCUUAAGUUCCAAUUUCAGGAUGUUA